UAUAGUAUUUCAACCUCAUUAUUUUCUUACAUCUCAUUUGCCAGUUUUAGGAAUAUUUCAACUCUUUAACAAUUUUUGAAAAGUUAUAUGCCACUAUGGUUUAUGUGUGUAACUAUAGGGAAUUUGUAUGCUAAAAAAGAAACACUAUGGGUUCUUGUGGAUCAUCUCAUGUCAAGCCCAACAUUUUCUUUUAAAUAAUUUGAAUUUAGGGACAGGGAAAAAGAUAAUAAGAAAGCCAAAACCAUGGAAGCAUCCACAACCAAUAACAAGAAGUCAAUUGAUGCAACUGAGGGAAGAGUUUUGGGACACUGCUCCACACUAUGGUGGCAAGAAAGAAAUCUGGGAUGCGCUUCGGGCUGCUGCAGAAGCAGAUCUAGAACUAGCUCAAGCAAUUGUGGACAGUGCUGGAAUUAUUGCCCAAAACACUGACAUGACCAUCUGCUACGAUGAAUCAGGUACCAAAUAUGAACUACCAAAGUACGUUUUGAGUGAGCCAACAAAUAUGAUAAGAUUUGGUUGACAACAUUACAAGAAUAAAAUAGAAAGUCACUUUGGUGAAUAUGUUGUCUCUACCACAUAACCUUUUUUUUUCAAGUUUAAAAAAGUGGCGAAGCUAUAAUUAUCACUUGGAAUGAACCAAUUCACCCCUUCU